AUGUCCAAUUACCAUGGAGAUCAUAUAUCGAGAUCUAGGUCCAAGGUCAAACCUGUUUUUAAAAAACUGAUACAAAGCGAAAAGAAUUCACUAGAUCUGGAUCGCUCUGCAGCGGAACAACAAGAUGCCCUCGGGAUAUUUGAUUAUGGUACUGGCUACAGUUCUCGCUCCUCUUACGACAUUGCAUACAACAGUCGAGAAGGAGGGAGAAGGGGUUUUCACGCUCGUUCAACCAGCGGCACAUCUCAAUUCUCGACGACUACAUCAGGCAGUGGCCCACGUUCUGGACCAUUCGUACAUCCUUUCCAGCAAACACCCAGACCUUACACUCCGCCGUUAGGUGCUUCUUACCAAAACUCAAUUCGCGAAAGUGAAGCAACAAACAGCAGCCCUGCACUUACCGAAGAUGAGGAUCAGUUACGGCAUACUUUCCGUAGUACAGCCAAUUUAGCAAAUCAAGCAAACUCUAUGAGCGGUUCGACGAAUCCUCUCUUGCAGCAAACCCUAAGGAUUCAAACAAAGCUACCUCCGACCUCCUCAAGACUUGCACUUGCGACCUCACGCACAAGUCUCUCCCUAACCCCUGAAGUACCCUCACCACUCGACACCAUGUCACCUACUACACCAGCUAUCCGGCGAUCCAUGGAAGGAUUCCGCAUCCGAAGUCGCAGUGAUGUUGAUAACCGUCUGCGAUCGGAAACAAUACAAGAGGCACGUCGCAAGUUCCAAGAGAAAGAAAAGGCCAAAGAAGAAAAGGCAGCGAGGGAGGAAAUUCGAGCAAUGGAGAAGAAACAACAAAAGGAAGCAAGGCAGAUUGAAAGAGGACAUCGUCGUUCAUCUGCCAGUGACAACCUACCUACAAGAACAAAACGUUCCAAGUCUGACCUUACUAUACAUGAGAAAAGUGAAGGACUUUAUGGCCAGAGUUAUAAUACUGCAACUAUUUCUACUCCCCCAUUUCUUUCCGAGGAACAUGGUUCACCAGGAGGAAGAAGUCAUACCACCAUGUCAAAUACCAAGAAGAAAACACACAGUGCUUGGACAAAACUCAUGAUGUGGUUAAGGACUCGGUUCUUGCGACUGGGUAAGAAGACUAGCAGAAAAUAA